AUUAAAACGUCUUGUACCUGGGAAAAAUUUCUAUUUACUGAAAUAUAAAAAUCAAUAAUGAAACCAAAACAAACACAUAUCUAUACACAGAUCUGUCAAACUUUUUUUUAUCAAAACAAAUGACUAACCUCGUGUCACUCUUUGAAGACAAUAACAAUACAAUAAUAUAACAUAAUAUAUAAAUAAAUAAAUAUGGAAACUAAUAUUUCAAAUGCAUUAAAACCUACAAAUUUAAUUAAAGACGUACCACUGUCAGCAUAUUAUAUUCGAAAUUUUAUAAAUGAUAAUGAAGAAGAGGAAUUAAUAAAAUAUGUUAAUUCAUCUCCGUUACCUAAAUGGACACAAUUGAGUAAUAGGAGAUUACAAAAUUGGGGUGGAAUUCCUCAUCAAAAAGGUAUGAUUGCUGAAGAAAUACCAAAAUGGUUAAAAAAAUAUAUGGACAGAAUAUCAUCAUUAAAUAUUUUUAACAGUGACAAAUUACCAAAUCAUGUUUUGAUCAAUGAAUAUUUACCUGGACAAGGAAUAAUGGGACAUACUGAUGGACCACUUUUUCAUCCUAUCGUUACAACAAUAACUUGUGGAUCUCACACACUUCUUGAAUUUACAAAACGUUUAGAUACUGACGAAGAACAAAGACAAUUGAAACCAGAAUUUUCAUUUUUACUUGAACGAAAAAGUCUGUUAGUACUCAAAGAUAAAUUAUAUCACGAUUACUUACAUUCAAUAAGUGAACGUAAUUACGAUAUAAUCGAUAAAAAUUUAAUAAGUAACAUAAAUUUAUGUUCAAAUAAUUAUGACAAUGGUGAAAAACUUGAUCGUAAAACAAGAAUUUCCCUUACAAUUCGCCAUGUGCCAAAAACAAGUAAAUUAAAGCUCAAAUUUUAAUUUUAAAAAUCCUUUUA